AUCGCCCCGACGGUUAAGUUUGCGAUGAGUCGAUGACGCACAGCCUAGCGCACUAACUUUGCCCCAUAAAUCAAGCAAAGUCUAAACGACGUCAUUCUCUAACGCUAAAACGACGUCGGAUCUUGGAGUUCUCCUAUGGCGUUCAAAUCAAGCAGAGGGAACAAAACCAAGUUACAGACCUUAAAGCACAAGCAGCAAGAAGAAGACGGAGAAGAAGAAGAGGAAGAUUAGGGUUCCUAUCCUUCACUUAUUUGCAUCAAUUUCUCGAUCUAUGCGAUUCAGCGAAGUCUGUUUCUGCUUAAGACCAAGUUCUUCUAGGGCGCAAUUUUAGAGAGAGAGAGGCUUAGGGACAGAGAUUAGACUAUGCAAACAGAGGCGAGAGUAGGAGUGGUGGUGGAAGGAGGGCAGAGAGCUCUGAACUCGGGCCACGUCGAUGGUGGUGCGAGAAAGCUCGCACAGCAACCGCAGAUCAAAACGGUGUCGCAGAUUCUCGCUGGAGGCGUCGCCGGAGCUCUUAGUAAGACCUGUACGGCGCCGCUUGCUCGUCUUACUAUACUCUUCCAGGUGCAAGGUAUGCACUCUGAUGUUGCAACAUUGAGAAAGCUUAGCAUAUGGCGCGAGGCUUCGCGGAUUGUUAGUGAAGAAGGAGUUAGAGCUUUUUGGAAAGGGAAUCUGGUUACAAUUGCUCACCGUCUACCUUAUUCUUCUGUCAAUUUCUAUGCAUAUGAGCACUAUAAAGAGAUGCUAAGGAUGAUUCCGGGACUGGCAAACCACAGAGAAAAUAUGGGUGCAGACAUUUGUGUGCAUUUUGCUGCUGGUGGUUUGGCUGGAAUAACAGCUGCUUCAGUUACUUAUCCAUUGGAUCUUGUAAGGACACGCCUUGCAGCUCAGACAAAUUUAAUAUACUACAGAGGUAUUUGGCAUGCUUUACAAACUAUUAGCAAAGAGGAGGGCAUUUUGGGUCUCUAUAAGGGACUUGGAGCAACACUCUUGGGUGUUGGACCAAGUAUAGCUAUCAGUUUUUCAGUGUAUGAGACCUUGAGAUCUUUCUGGAAGUUGCAUAGGCCCGAGGAUUCUGCUGUCCUUUCCAGUCUGGCUUGCGGAAGUCUUUCAGGAAUUGCAUCAUCAACAGCAACAUUUCCCCUGGAUCUUGUGAGGCGCCGUAAGCAACUGGAAGGGGCAGGUGGCCGAGCUCGUGUCUAUACGACAGGCCUUUUUGGUACAUUUAGGCACAUAACCCGGACUGAAGGCUUGCAUGGGUUGUACCGAGGGAUUCUGCCUGAAUACUACAAGGUGGUGCCUAGUGUAGGUAUUUGUUUUAUGACUUAUGAGACACUGAAGAAGCUUUUCGCUGAUAUUUUGGACAGUUCAUAGUUGUCAUCAAUCUCUCUGGGAGCCUAGACUGCAAUUAAAAGGAUGGGGGUAGUUCAAUUGUUAUGUAAGCUCAUUUCUUUUCUGGGGUUGUCUCAUGGUGGUUGAUUUCGUGCUGCUGUGAGAAUUGUAAUUUUUUUUUUCACAUGUAUAGAUACAAAACAGCAAAUUUCAUACUUGAGUGUACCGAUGACAGUUGUCCGAAUUCUCGAAAAUAUGAUUCAGUGGUCAUCCUUUUUCAACACCUUUA